CCGCGCUCGCCACAGGGGAACAGGCCCCGCCCCCCGGGCGUUGCUAGGCAACGGGCUGUGCGUUCCCAGCGUGCCUCGCGCCCCGUUCCCGCGCUGCCGGAGGGGCGCUGGCCGCCAUUGUGUGCGGGCCCGGCCAUGGACGCAGAUGAUACAGGCAAUCGACUUCGAUUCCAGCUGGAACUGGAGUUUGUUCAAUGUCUGGCAAAUCCAAAUUACCUCAACUUUCUUGCACAAAGAGGCUACUUCAAAGAUCGAGCUUUUGUAAAUUAUCUUAAGUAUUUACUUUAUUGGAAGGAACCUGAAUACGCCAAAUACCUGAAGUAUCCUCAAUGUUUGCAUAUGUUAGAGCUGCUCCAGUAUGAACAUUUCCGCAAAGAACUGGUCAAUGCUCAGUGUGCCAAAUUUAUUGAUGAGCAGCAGAUCCUCCACUGGCAGCACUAUUCCCGGAAAAGGAUGCGCCUUCAGCAGGCACUGGCMGAGCAGCAGCAACAAAACAACACCUCUGUCAAAUGAAAUGCAGAUGGGGUAUAACAAUAAGGCAUGCUUUGUGUUAGUGAUUUCCAGGAGAGGAAUGAACCUUUGCGUUAGUUUGCCUCUGGAUGCGUGUCCCUUUUAUUUGAAUUUAUCAAGUGACUGGGGUUGAUAUUGUUUCAUCAACUCUUUAAAGACUAAUAAACACCUGCAAUUUAUGGACAAUUUUGUAAGAGCUUUAUUUAUGAUAGUUACUGAUUUCUCUUGAUUUUGAAAAACAAAACAUACGUUUGUUACUACAAAAAGAGUAGCUCUAAAGGCUGUUCCUAAGGAGCCUUUUCCCUGGAGAAUAAUGAUGGGUCUUAAGUSUCACUGAGAACUCCCUGCUACUUACAGCUUGGGACAAGCAAAGGUGAAGUCAUGAUGGAUAAAGCUGAAAUUGUGAAUUUUUCCUGGAAACCAAGCUAUUACCUGUCAUUUCUGUUUCCCUGGCAGUCAUUGYUGAUGGGAGUUUUGCAGUGUUCCUUACAUCAGGUUGUAUGGAUAGAAA